AUGCCGAAUGGCGAGUGGUACCCAGAGUACCGAACCCAUAUAAAAAGGCAUGGCCGUAACAGAGACAACACUGUUGCGCGUCACACCGCAUCCCCUCCCGUCGAGACGAAGGCACGGCACGUGCCCACCUCCCCCGCCCGCAUCUCGAUGGCCUCCCUCCCCGCCGCCGCCGCCGGAGAGGCCGUCGAGCACGCCCCCGCCUCCGCCUCCGCCUCCCCCGCCACGCCCGACGACGAGGCCCGCGCCCUCCUCCCUCCCUCCACCUCCCCCUCCCCCUCCCCCUCCGACGACGAUGACGACGACGACGACGACGACCUCGAGGAGCGCGCCUACGAGGCGACCGAGAAGGUCGUCGUGUCCAUCGCCGAUGGCCUGGUGGAGGCCGAGGACGGGUUCGGGUUCGCCUCCGCCGCUGCUUCGCCGCCCUUCUCGUGGCGGAAGCUGUGGCUGUACACGGGGCCCGGGUUCCUGAUGAGCAUCGCGUUCCUCGACCCGGGCAACCUCGAGGGGGACCUGCAGGCCGGCGCGGCGGCCGGGGACACGCUGCUGUGGCUGCUCCUCUGGGCCACCGCCAUGGGCCUCCUCGUGCAGCUGCUCGCCGCGCGCCUCGGCGUCGCCACGGGGAGGCACCUCGCCGAGCUCUGCCGCGACGAGUACCCCUGCUGGGCGCGCCGGGCGCUCUGGCUCAUGGCCGAGGUCGCCAUGGUCGGGGCCGACAUCCAGGAGGUGAUCGGCAGCGCCAUCGCCAUCAAGAUCCUCAGCCGUGGCUUCCUGCCGCUCUGGGCCGGCGUCGUCAUCACCGCCAUGGAUUGUUUCAUUUUUCUGUCUCUUGAAAACUAUGGAGUGAGGAAAUUAGAAGCUGUAUUUGCAAUUCUAAUUGCUACUAUGGCUGUUUCCUUUGCAUGGAUGUUCACUGAUACUAAACCCAACAUGAAGGGCCUGAUAAUAGGUAUUUUGGUCCCAAAAUUAAGCUCUAGGACAAUAAGACAAGCAGUUGGAGUUGUUGGAUGUGUUAUCAUGCCACACAAUGUGUUUCUCCAUUCAGCACUUGUGCAGUCGAGAAAAAUAGACCCAAACAAAGAACACCAAGUCCGUGAAGCGUUGAGAUACUAUUCAAUAGAGUCAACCAUGGCCUUGGCUGUGUCCUUCAUGAUAAAUCUCUUUGUAACAACUGUUUUUGCAAAAGGAUUUUAUGGCACAAAAGAAGCUGGCAGUAUUGGCCUUGAAAAUGCUGGACAGUAUCUACAAGAGAAGUUUGGUGGAGGGUUUUUCCCUAUCCUCUACAUUUGGGGGAUCGGGCUAUUAGCUGCUGGCCAGAGCAGUACAAUAACAGGAACAUAUGCUGGACAGUUUAUAAUGGGUGGGUUUCUGAAUUUGAAGCUGAAAAAAUGGAUCAGGUCAAUGAUCACCCGAAGCUUUGCAAUUGUGCCAACGAUAAUUGUUGCACUGUUCUUUGAUGCGUCAGACUCUGCACUGGAUGUUCUAAACGAGUGGCUAAAUGUGCUUCAAUCAAUUCAGAUCCCUUUUGCACUGAUUCCAUUGAUAACUCUGGUUUCCAAGGAGGAAGUUAUGGGAGUUUUCAAAAUAGGUAGAAACACUCAAGCUGUGACCUGGACAGUGGCGACACUAUUGAUCACAAUCAAUGGCUAUCUCCUGCUGGAUUUCUUCUCCUCAGAAAUAAGAGGCCUGUUGUCUGGUUCAAUUCUCUGCCUGGCAGUACUUGCUUAUGCUUCCUUUGUACUGUAUCUCAUCCUGCGAGGUACUGAGCUGUCCAACCAGAUUAUCACGACUAUACGCAAGAGUUUUUCAUGACAAAGAAAUACCAAAUUUUGCUCUUUUACACAACAUCAUAACGUCUCAAACGUAUAGAGAAUAUGAUCUCUGGAGGAUUGGAAGAUCUCAUAUCCCUCACUGUACAGUGACUUUGAAAGGGUUUAGCUGUUGAGAAGAAGUGCAGCUGAUGUAGCCUUCAUUUCAUUUGUUGUAACACCCUGACCUCGUCGUCCUGAAGCAAAGAAAAUACAAGAGAAUAUAAUGAGCUGCUGAUCAAUGCCGUCGAUGGCAAA